GAAGUGGUGGUGGAAAAUGGCGGGUGGUGCUAAGCGGCCGCGGGGCCUGCAGGAGAAAGAGAAAAAGGUUGACUGGCGUAAAUGGAAACAAGAAAAUGGUUAUUCUCCAUUUCAGAAAAAGAAGAGAAGAAAAAAUGGAAGGAAAUAAAGCUAUUGAGAAAACUGGAAAAGAAAAGAAUGCAGGAGGUGAUGGAAAAACAAAAAGAAGAAGAAAAGGCAAAGGAAGACAAAGGACGUCAUUACACAGUUAGCGUAGCUCUGCCAGGCUCCAUCUUGAACAAUGCACAGUCUCCAGAAUUGCGGACAUACCUUGCUGGGCAAAUUGCCAGGGCCUGUGCCAUCUUCUGUGUGGAUGAGAUUGUGGUGUUUGAUGACCAAGGAGAAGAUUCAAGGACUGUGGAAGGGCAGUUUGAUGGGAUUGGAAAGAAAGGACAGGCCUGCGUGCAGCUGGCUCGGAUUCUACAAUAUUUGGAGUGUCCUCAAUACCUGAGAAAAUCAUUUUUCCCGAAACAUCAGGAUCUGCAGUUUGCAGGGCUCCUGAACCCAUUGGACAGCCCUCAUCAUGUGCGGAUAGAUGAGGAAUCAGAAUACCGGGAAGGAGUGGUGUUAGCCAGGCCCACCAAGCCAGGCAAAGGCUCCUUCGUUAACUGUGGGAUGAGGAAGGAGGUACAGAUAGACAGACAGCUAGAGUCUGGUCUUCGAGUCACUGUUCAACUGGACAAGCAGCAGAAUCCAGACAGUAAAAUACAGAAAGGCACUGUAGUGUCCUCGAACCAUCCACGGACUGUGUCUGGCCUGUACUGGGGUUACAAUGUCCGCUUAGCCUCCUGCCUGAGUGCUGUUUUUGCCGAAUGCCCUUUUAAAGAAGGCUAUGAUCUCUCUAUUGGGACCUCUGAGCGAGGGACCUGUGUGGACCAGGCAACUCUCCCCUCCUUCAGCCAUAUCCUAAUAGUAUUUGGAGGUCUCCAAGGCCUGGAGGCUGGUGUGGAUGGUGACCCAAACCUGGAGAGCACUGACCCAAGUGUCUUGUUUGACCUUUACCUGAAUACAUGUCCCAGCCAGGGCAGCCGCACCAUCAGGACAGAGGAAGCAGUACUGAUAUCUCUGUCUGCACUGAGACCCCGCAUUGAUGAGGCUGUGAGGAAAGCCCUUGGUAGCUGAAGGGGGAAAAAACACUGAUCUAUAGAACUGAACCUACCUUCUCUCUUGUUUUCAUCUGCACCAGCACUUUUCCUUGUCCUCAGAUGGCUCAUUCCAAGUUAUGCUAACCCUAAACGUAGGAAGAGCUGCUGGGGGUGAUGGAUAAAUCCCCAGGGCAGCUUGCUACACUCCAGCCUCUUUGAGAGUGAUCAAGAAAAGCACAGUACCCUUACCAAAAUGGCUACAGCUUUUUAAUAGACUCAAACCUGAGACUGAGAUUAAGCACUGUGAGUCUACACUGGUUGGGGAGCAUACUCCCUAGACCAAACUGUGUUUGUAAAUGGAGCUGGCUGCUGCCUCACAUCAGCAUGGGAAGCCUGUCAGUGGAUCACACAGCAUCAAGAGAGGUUUUGAAAAAAAUAAAACAGAACUCUCAUAUUUA